AUGAUAUCGCUCGACUUUUCCACCAACAACUUGGAGGGAACUAUACCCCCCGAGAUAUCACUGCUGAGCGCCGGACUGCAGCAUUUUGCCCUUCGGCAGAAUUUGGGAGUAUUCGGAGAGCUUCCAACAGAGCUUGAUCGGAUCACAAAGUUGACCAGCCUCAUGCUGUUUGCUACUAGCAUAUCUGGCUCACUACCUACAGAGCUGGGUCAACUGGAAAGCCUCAUCGAUGAAAACCAUUUGGAAGGCCCACUACCAUCUGGUCUCUUUUCCCAGCUCACAAACUUACAGAAUUGGCAAAGCAGUUCCAAUCUCUUCUCCGGUUCAAUACCAACAGAGGUUGGUUUGCUGACUGAUCUCAAACGCUUGGAAGUCCAGAACAACACCGAGUUAUUUGGCACUCUGCCCAGAGAGCUGGUUGCAUUGAGAAACUUGACCAGCUUGGUUGUCAAGAACACAUCCUUGGCGGGCAGCAUCCCCGAGCCACUGUGCAGCAAGAUGUACCAAGAUCAUUGGAUAACUACAGCGCAAGGCUUGCUUUCUGUCAAAGUCAAUGCUCCUGUCUGCGAAGGGACUUUGCUCUGUGGGUGUGACUGUGCCCUUUGUCCAGUGAACUAA